UUUUUAUACUGGUUUCUACUCCGCAGGAAAACAGGCAGAAUCGUUGUAAACCUAACCCAGUGAUAUAGCGAGCGAUUUCUUAAGCUAUCACGAGUGCACAGGUACUCUCAAAACGGUCCUCAGCUAUUUGACAGUCAGCCUUUUUAAAGAUUGCAAGCGUAUCGUUCCUGUCGAAAUAUAAGUGGAAAAAUGUAUAUUAUUCGUUUAUUUCAUUGUUUUCUUCAAUUUAUGUGGAUGCCUAGACGCGUUUCUUUAGUUGGCGAAAGUGGACCUUGUAGAGAUUGCGUUAGGUUAUAUUUAGAUCUUUUUUUCUUAUCCGGGCGUGGUUUUGUUACGUGUAUAAUUUGAAUGGUGAGAGCCGAUGAAUCCUUGCCAUCUGAUAUCAACGUUCAUUUUUCUCACAAUUAUGGAUGUGGGUUUUGGACAAGGAUGGGAGAUUUUAUAUUCAGCAAGUUCAAAAGAAAAUCUAAGUUCAGGAUCUGGAGAUAACUGCUUCACCAAGCCUGUAGGCGUUUCAGACCAAAAGAAAAUCCCAGACCGUCAAAUGACAGCAUCUUCCCUACAUAAUAACUCGCAGGCCGCUUACGGUCGACUCAACGGUAACAGGGGCAAUGGCUGGUGCACCAAAGAAGCUGAUGAGAAUAACGACUGGUUGCAGAUUGAUCUUGGAAAACGUUUUGACGUGUGUGGUGUUGCGACCCAAGGAGACAUAAAUGGUCAUGAGUGGGUCACAGAUUUCAAGAUGUCUUAUUUAUCUGGUGGUAGAAUGUGGACACCUUACAAGGAUGGGAAUGAAGACGUGGAAUUUAACAGAAAAGGUGGAAGCAAGACAGUAGACCAACACAAGUUACCAGUGUCAGUGUCUGCAAGAUAUAUUCGCUUCCAUCCAACGAAACGAAAUAAAUGGAACUGCCUUAGAGUGGAAAUUUAUGGUGUCUCAAGUAAACCGGUUAAAAAGGAAAAGAUCUCCGAAGAUAAAUGCGUUUCGUUGCAAGAAGGAGAUCAGUCCUUGCCUAAGGACGUCGAGUACAUUCCGAUGAAAUGGUUUGAAACACCUUCGAUUGUUUCCCUCGACGCAGAAUGUACUAGUGAAGAGGCACUUGGCUUGGAAAACGGUCUUGUUACUAACCAGCAAAUGAGCGCUUCUUCAUCGUUGGAUAAAGAUCAUGGUCCGGAAAACGCCAGGCUGAACCUUGCCGCUAUCAGAGGGAAGACCGGCGCAUGGGCAGCUAAAACCAAUAACCAAAAUCAAUUUCUUCAAGUCGACUUUUGGCGAAAUGUCAAAAUCACAAAAUUGCAAACCCAAGGCUACCACGGUCGUGCGUGGUGGGUACAGAAGUAUACUCUUUCCUACAGUGCGGAUCAAGGCUCCUCUUCUCUUCCUUUCCACACAUAUCAAGAAAAUGGUGCUGAUAAGGUGUUUACAGGAAAUAGUGAUAGCGACAGCGUGGUGACCCAUGUCCUGCAGCAACCAAUUAUUGCUCGAUACGUGCUACUAAAGCCAAAAGUAUGGAACGACAAUAUUGCUAUGAGAGCGGAACUUUAUGGCUGCGUUCUUUCGGGUAUGGAUCCGGAUUUGUACCUUAAUAUCUGAACCAGUUGGUUUCAUGCAUUGCAUACUUAAUUGUGUUUCGAUGUAAAAGUUAUGUUCUCUCGUACCACUUAAAGUUGUUGCGUGAUCCCUUAAUUAAAGAUAUCGUUGAUAUGAGUUAGAGAAAAUCUUAUCAAAAACACUUCAUAUUGGUCGUUUUUCCUA